CCGUGACCUCUGCAGAGGAGAGCAAUGACGGUACUGCGUUGCGCGGAGGACGAAUUGGAUUUUCAUCGAUGGGUGGAGGGGGUAGCUCGAGUACAUCGAGAAAAGACGUGAAAAUCAUGCCUGGCGUCGCAGAGGAGGAAAGCGAAAACAGAAGUUGGAAAGCUUCUGAUGCUGAUGUAAAAAAACCCAACACGACAACUACACUGGCGACGACAAGCAGCUUCUACAAAGCUCCUGCAAGAACGGCGCAGCACCAACAUCAAGAGCAACAGCGAUGGCAUGUCCAUCAGGAGGGUGCAGGGUUAUGUGCUACAGAAAAAUCGAGGGUCGUGGACGACCAUAAGAAUCCUUUGAAAGGAGCCGCCGAACUGGCUAGGUGGACGUUUGACACAAGUGAAGACACAAAUGCUGACCAGUUUUUCUCCGCAACAAGCCACCAAUCCGCGAUGGGGUUCCACCAUGCAGAAAUUAUCACGAGUACAACUAGUCAAAGCAACUUCAAUCCGCACUCUACUGUCCACGCCGCGGCUGUGUCCACCAAUCAUAUCGCUUUUGUCACCGGCGGAAAUGCCUCGAAUAAGGGGCACAGAUCCGCGAGCUCCAACGUAGCGC